AUAAAUAAAUAAGAGGGUGAGGUGUGCGUCGUCUGAAUCUGUCUUAUCUCGUAAUCUCCAUUUUUCCAUUUAUCUUCGUAUUCUUCCAAAAUCCUAAUACUACACUCACUCCUUCAACUUUCCAUCCUCUUCCCAAUUCCGUUCCUUCCUCUGAAAUUAGGGUUUUCUCUCCCCUUCUUUCUUCGCUUAUUCUCGACCAAUUCCCCUCUGUAAUGAUUUGGCCUUCUCGUAAAAUGCUUCUCGGGAUUUGAGUAUAUCCCGAAGCUUAUUCUUCUGCUGCUUUUCGCUUUUCGUAUUACGCGUCCUUGUGUUUGAUGCCCAAAUAUCAAAUAGGAUGAAAGGUGUUAGAGAUUGGGUCUUCUCUCAAAUACUAUCUAAAUCGCUGGUCUCGCCUUCACCAUUAUCAGGCGGUAAUAGUUUAUAUGCCGGAGAACAUCGGGAUGAAGAUGUUAAUCAGCAAGGUUCAGACUCUGCUAGUUCAGUAGCGUCACCCAUUCCUUCUGGCUCAUCAAACUCUUCUUAUGGUAAUCAGAGUAAUCAGCAUAGUUCCUCCUUGCAGCUAGUUUCAGAUACAGAAAUCAGUCAGUAUCAACAUAACACCAAUGGAAGACGGAAGGAUACUUUGGUUAAGGUUGAGGAUCUUCAAAUUAAAUUCUUCCGAUUGCUCCAACGUCUUGGCCAGUCCCAAGAUAAUCUUUUGGUUUCUAAGGUUCUUUAUCGGAUGCACCUGGCAACUUUGAUUCGUGCCAAGGAAUCAGAUCUGAAAAGAGUUAAUCAUAGUAGCAGUAGAGCCCGAGCAAUAGCAAGCCAUCAGGAGGCUACUGGUAUGCCCCAAUUGGAUUUCUCCUGCAGAAUACUUGUCAUUGGUAAAACAGGAGUCGGUAAAAGUGCUACCAUAAAUUCUAUAUUUGGUCAAGCAAAAACCAUUACUGGUGCAUUUCAACCUGCUACUAAUUGCAUCCAAGAAGUUGUGGGAAAUAUCAAUGGGCUUAACAUUACAUUUAUUGAUACCCCUGGUUUCUUGCCUUCCUCCACAAACAAUAUGAAGAGAAAUAAGAGGAUCAUGCUUUCUAUAAAGAGAUUCAUUAGAAAGUCCCCUCCAGAUAUUGUUUUAUACUUUGAACGACUUGAUUUUAUCAAUGCUGGUUAUGUUGACUUCCCACUUUUGAAACUUGUAACUGAAGUAUUUGGCUCAGCAAUUUGGUUCAACACCAUCAUAGUCAUGACUCAUUCUUCCUCUGCUAUUCCAGAUGGACCUGAUGGGUAUACAUUUAAUUAUGAGUCAUAUAUUUCUCAUUGUACUAAUAUAAUACAACAGCAUAUACAUCAGGCAGUGCUUGAUUCUAGGCUUGAAAACCCUGUACUUCUGGUUGAGAAUCAUUCUCAAUGCCCAAAAAAUAUUAUGGGUGAGAAAAUUCUUCCAAAUGGGCAAGUUUGGAGAUCUCAACUCUUGUUAUUUUGCAUAUGUACAAAAGUUCUGGGUGAUGUAAACUCUCUUCUCAAGUUUCAGAACAGUGUAGAACUGGGACCAGCAAACAAUGCCCGAAUUCCUUCUCUGCCCCAUCUCCUUUCGUCUCUUUUACGCCAUCGUCCUGUAUCCAAUCUAAGUGGAAAUGAUGAUGAAAUUGAGGAAAUAUUACUCUCUGAAAAGGAUGAGGAAGAUGAAUAUGAUCAACUUCCACCCAUCCGAAUCUUGACAAAAUCUCAGUUUGAACAGUUGCCUGAGCCACUGAAAAAAGAUUAUCUGGAUGAAAUGGAUUACAGGGAGACUCUUUACUUAAAGAAACAGUUGAAAGAAGACUUUCGUAGGCACAAAGAGAAGUUCCAUUUAACAGAGGAGAAGUUUUUGAAUAGUGAUAACCCUGAUGAUCCACAGCCAACUCCUGAACCUGUCCUCUUACCGGAUAUGGCUGUUCCUCCAAGUUUUGACUCAGAUUGUCAUAGCCAUAGAUAUCGUUGCCUUGUUUCUAAUGAACAAUGGCUAGUGAGACCUGUUCUUGAUCCCCAAGGAUGGGAUCAUGAUGUUGGCUUUGAUGGUAUAAACUUGGAGACAACUACAGAAAUAAAGAAGAAUGUAUAUACCUCAGUUGUGGGACAGAUGAAUAAGAACAAGCAGGAUUUCAGUGUUCAAUCUGAGUGUGCUGCAGCUUAUGUUGAUCCGUGUGGACCUACAUAUUCUAUGGGUGUUGAUGUUCAAUCCUCUGGUAAAGAUUUGGUAUGUACCAUUCAUAGCAAUACAAAGAUAAAAAACAUAAAGCACAAUAUUGCUGACUGUGGUGUUUCUUUAACAUCUUUUGCUAAGAAGUACUACGUGGGUGCAAAACUUGAGGAUACAGUGUUUGUUGGGAAGAGAUUGAAAUUUGUCUUGAAUGCUGGCCGCAUGGAGGGUGCCGGGCAAAUGGCAUAUGGUGGGAGUUUUGAAGCUAAUUUUCGUGGGGAAGAUUAUCCUGUAAGAAAUGACAAUGUAAGCUUGACAAUGACAGUCCUCUCUUUGAAUAAAGAAAUGGUGUUGAGUGGAAGUUUACAAUCGGAGUUCAGGUUAUCUAGAAGCUUGAGAGCAUCUGUAAGUGCUAAUCUAAAUAGUCGUAAAAUGGGGCAAAUAUGUAUAAAGACAAGUAGCUCUGAGCAUUUACAAAUUGCCUCGGUUGCACUUUUCUCGAUUUUCAAAUUCUUAUCACGUAGAAAGGAAACUAGGAACUUGGUGAAUGAAGUAAUGGACUGACGUCUGUUCUGGUAGUUUACUUUUACCAAUAUUACUUUGGUUCAAUGAAGACAUGAAAGCAGUGAAGCAUUAUGCAAGCCAAACGUAGAUAAUGGACCUUUUUCCCAUGCAAAAGGAAGACAAAAAAUUAGAAUUUUAUUUUAUUUUAAUUUUUUGAAGAGGCUAGCUGGAAUUUUCUUUUCCGUGAUACUUCAGAUGCCUAUUUUUGGAAGUCUCUUUAGGUAAGGCAUCUUGAUCCUAUUUCUAUCUGUAGAUUAUUGAUUAAUAAUCAGUAUCAGGGAGCUUCGAGGACUUGAUAUUCAUUUCUAGUAAAAUGAAGUCACAACUGUACAGUAAAGCACAGAAAUUUUGUGGCUUUUUUUCUCUCUCCCAUUUCUGUGGUUUGUUUCGAGUAUUAGUAAGUUCGAAUAUGAUUGCGGACCGAUGUUCAACAGGAAUUCCUGUGCACAAUGUGGAAAAUGUUAAUGAGGCUCUGGGUAUAUUGUCGAUGAUAGGGCAAAUAGCUGCAGUUUGUUUUAAAUUUGAGGUUUGUGUUGAUGUUCAAACCCUGGCUCUUCAUUUAUUGGCAGGCCUAUCAUUAAACAGGAUUUUCAUGUGUUUUUGGUUCAGGUGACUCAAGUCACUCAACAAUGUCUGGGGGCAAUGUCUUUAGGUGAGGAGAAUAAUUUUUUUUUCUA